AAUAAGUCUAUUCUUUACCCAAAAAAAAUUAAUUUUUGAUGUGGAACACAAGCACUUGUCAUUUAUUCAUAUACAUAAUUACAUAUGUAAAAAAGUCUUCUAAUCAAUUUCAUAUAAAUACACUUGAGUAUUUGAGAAAUUCUUUUUUAUUAUUAUUUUUCAUAACUACUUCCUCUCUUUUACAUUAGUAUUUUACUAAUCUCCAACCCAUUCAUUCUUGCAAACACACAUACACAAACUUCUUUAAAAAUGAGAAUCUCUGUUGCUUCCUUACUCUUCUUGGCUGCUAUUUGUACUUCUACAGUUUCUGCUUCUCCUAUCACAAGAAAUAACUCUCUCGAAACAAGAUAUAUUGAAACAUCUAACGUUGAAACACCAUUACUUCAAAAAAGAACAUUCGGCUGUCCCUGUCAAGCAAAUGACGACCUCAUUGACAAACUCAUGAGUUCAAUCAAAACUGACCUUAAUGCUCGUAUCUUUACACCAGUUUCAGUUACUUUCUCUGAAAAGGCUGCUGGUUCCCUUGAUAUUUACUCAUUCCUUGGAGGCGUUUUCGAUAUUGGCACAUCUGGUCUCAAGUCAAUCGAAGCUGCUGCUGUUGCUAAUUUGAGAUCCUCUUUUGGCGCUAGCUUGGACACACAAGUCAACUCCAAGAUUUAUGCUAAGCUUGAAGCUAAACUUCGUAAAAAGUGUGGAGGAAAGACCUUAUCAAAUAACAAACUUGCUGUUAUUGUGGCUGAAAUCCAUGCUGAAGCCAAGUCAUUGAUUCAAACUGAACUUCCCAAGAUUGGUAACAGUUUGCGCGUCAAGGCCAAAAAAUGUGUUAGCUCUACUAUUGUCGAUAUUGAAGGAAAAGUUUCUGGUUCAGGCCAUGGUUCUGCUAGUGUAGGGGGAAAGGUUUCUGGCUCUGGACAUGCUUCUGGUUCAGGUCAUGCUUCUGGCUCAGGUCAUGCUUGUGGAAAGGUUUCUGGCUCUGGCCAUGCUUCUGGCUCUGGACAUGGUUCUACUAGUGUAGGCGGAAAGGUUUCUGGCUCUGGCCAUGUUUCUGGCUCAGGACAUGCUGGUGGAAAGGUUUCUGGCUCUGGACAUGCUUCUAGUUCUGGCCAUGCUUCUGGCUCUGGACAUGCUGGUGGAAAGGUUUCUGGCUCUGGACAUGCUUCUAGUUCAGGUCAUGCUUCUGGCCAUGCUUCUAGACAUGCUUCUGGCCAUGCUUCUGGCCAUGUUUCUGGCCAUGUUUCUGGCCAUGUUUCUGGCCAUCUCUGGCCAUGCUGGUGGCCAUGCUGGUGUUUCUGGCGGCGUCUCUGGCGGUGUGUCAGGCUCUGGCCAUGCUUGGCCAUGCUGGUGUUUCUGGCUCUGGCCAUGCUGGUGUUUCUGGCGGCGUCUCUGGCGGUGUGUCAGGCUCUGGCCAUGCUGGUGUUUCUGGCUCUGGCCAUGCUGGUGUUUCCGGCGGCGUCUCUGGCGGUGUGUC